GCGCCCGCCUAGUCUUCCCUCGGCCGCACUCGCUGCUCCCGCGACUCUCUCUGGAGCCCGAUCGCUCUCGCUAGCUCUCGCUCUCGCCCUCGCCCGGCCCUUUCUCUGCAGACCGGCUGCUCUGCUGCUCGGCGGCGGCUCCGGCCACUCUGGCGGCGGCCUCCAGGAUGAAGUGCAAGCCGAACCAGACGCGGACCUACGACCCAGAGGGCUUCAAGAAGCGGGCUGCAUGCCUGUGCUUCCGCAGCGAGCGCGAGGACGAGGUGCUGCUGGUGAGCAGCAGCCGGUACCCGGACCGCUGGAUCGUGCCCGGCGGGGGCAUGGAGCCCGAGGAGGAGCCCGGCGGCGCGGCGGUGCGAGAGGUGUACGAAGAGGCGGGAGUCAAGGGGAAGUUGGGCCGGCUCCUGGGCGUUUUCGAACAGAACCAAGAUCGCAAGCACAGGACCUACGUGUAUGUACUGACUGUCACCGAGCUGCUGGAAGAUUGGGAAGAUUCCAUUAGCAUCGGGCGCAAGCGAGAGUGGUUCAAGAUCGAAGAUGCCAUCAAGGUCCUGCAGUGCCACAAGCCCGUGCACGCCGAGUACCUGGAGAAACUGAAGCUGGGCGGCUCCCCGACCAAUGGAAACUCCGUGGCCGCGUCGCAGAGCGAUCCCUAGUGAAUGGCAUAGAUGUUGUUCAGAUUUACUUUGAAAGAAUCAAGUGUGUGAACCCAAUGGUGAAUGGAAUUGUGAAGCACAGGUGAGCUCUUUGACAUCCCCAAGAACACAGCUCAUCCUAUGCUUUUGGACACUUCUUUUCUGUUAAAACAAUGGCUCUUCUCCAGGUUGUUGCACUACCACUGUAUCUGUACAGAAUUCUAUUUCGGCACCUGUGGCCUUCUUUUUGUGCUUUUUCAAUUAUGUGUCUGUAUUUCCCACCAGAUAUGAUAUUGAAUGCAAGGAACUUAUUUCCUUUAGUCUUUUUAUAUAUCUAGCAUACAAGACAUCACUUGAAAUAAGGUAGACAUCACUGAAGACUUGUUUAAAUAAUUUAAUAUUUUGUAAUAACAUUGAGUGGUAAAACAUCUGCUUCUCAUCUGCCUAGCAUAUAUAUGGCUUUUGUAUAUCAGGUGUCACAAAACUGUUUCAAGGCAGUUGUGAUGUAUUAGCAAAAAAAUUCUUACUCCUAUGUCUUAGUCAUCCCAGACAUUAUGUACCUCCUGAUGUGAGUAUACCACACCUUCUUUGAAAUGUAUUUGCCAAAAUUUUGAACCUAAAUUUAACCAUGCUUCUAGACAAUAUUCCUCAUCUAUAGAAAAUAUAGACUAUAGACUGAGAAAUAUACUAUUCUACAGCACAGAGAUGAGAUCAACAGAAUCCUGACUACAGGAAACUCUCCAGGACAAAUGACUCAGUCUCUUCAGUAAAUAUAUUACAGGGAUGAAACACAGAGAUGGAGGAUGAACCUAUCGGUUGAAAGAGUCUUAUUCAUAUUUGCAUGAAUCUUAUUUGGAUCCUUAUUUGACCAAACUGUAAAAUGAGUAUAUUUAUGAGACAAUCAGGAAAAUUUGAACAUUGACUGGAUAUAUGAUAUUAGUUGUGAUAAUGGUAUUAAGAAAAUAAGAAUUCUUAUCCACAUCCAAGUAUUUACAGUUGAAAUGAUGUCUGGGAUUUGCUUCAAAUUAAUAAAUCUAUAUAUUAAGUCCAUUGGAAGUAUUGAAAUAAGAUUGGCCUUUAAGAUUGCUAAAGCUGGGUGAUGCUUAAAUGAUAGCUUAUUACAUAUGUUCUCUCUAAUUUUGUAUGUUUGGCAGUUUCCUUAAUAAAA